AUGGUUGCCACGCUGCAUAGCUGCCGGGGGCCACAUGCGAUAGCCGUGAACCGUGCGAGAGCCUCCCACACCCACGCCUCUCCUGUUGACACGUCUCAGCGUACUCAGGCAAAGACAGAGGAGGGCAAAGGUGACCCCAACGAUCCUUAUGAGGAGCGAGGUUUGAUUCUUCCCAGUGGCGACAUUAACUGGAACUGCCCUUGCCUGGGCGGGAUGGCCAGUGGUCCCUGUGGGAUCGACUUUAAGGAGGCCUUCUCGUGUUUCCACUACAGUAAAGAAGAGGUGAAAGGCUCCGAGUGCCUGGAUCAGUUCACGGCCAUGCAGGAGUGCAUGCAGCGCUACCCGGAGCUCUACCCGCAAGAAGACGACAAGGUCCCGGAUGGAGAGCAGCGCUCGGAAGAAACACCCGGUGACUCUAAGUCCACAUCUGACACCGUGCAGGACUGUGACGGCACGAAGCCCAGUAGCUCCCUAGAAAGCUAACAAGAUGUUUGCAAAAGCAUGUUCAUGUGUGAGACUUUGUCAAGAUGUGCUUUACUGAUGCAAAUCUUAAGGGCGUACUUACACGACGAUGCCGUGCAGUCCGUUUCUGGGCCCCUCUCGUGAAAAUCAACGACCGCUACAACAAGAUAUACAAUCACGACUCCAGAUAAUAAUCAAUGAAGUAAUAAGAAUGGCUCUAUUGAAGUU